UGUUUGUCGCUGGCAACGGCUGGCAUUCUGCGCACGUCUGCAACCGCCCCUCGGCUUUCAAAUCGUUGCACUUGCGUCGAGCUAGUCGGUUGUCUGUCGAGCUAGUCGGUUUACUGCUAGUGCGAUCACACACAGUUGUGUACGUCCUCUGUAAGGUGGAAAGCACAAUAUGAAGGUGUUAGUGGCUGUUGUCGUUCUUCUAGUCGGUUUACAGCAUGUCUCUUACUGCUACCCUAACUUGGAGAACAUCGGCAACAGAACGCACUUGUUGCGUUUCUUCAAUUUCGUGCCUGGAGUGUUGGGUACCUAUGGAACCGAGUAUACUAUCGAGUCACUGACAGGGAAGCUGCCUCUCGAGUGGCAGAACGUGACCUCCAGGCGUUCUAACCUGCUAGAGAUAGCCAAGAAACUCAACUUGACCAAAUUAGUUGAAGCAGUAAUCAAAGUAGGGCUUGGAGGGCUGCUGAAUCACGAAGGUCCAUUCACUUUGUUUGGCCCCACCAACGAAGCAUUUGAAAAAGCACCUGGCUACUGCAGAUAUGUUCCACUGAAAGAGAUCAUCAAGUACCAUAUUGCACUUGGUUCACACAAGAAAAACGAAUUCAAGAACAACCUGCUGCUCACCAGUUUCCUACAGCAACGUCAACUGCGAAUUAACAUGUACCCGCAGACCAAUUCUGUCACGGCUGCUGGAAAAAACAUCACGAGCACCGACAACGUUGCCUCCAAUGGAGUUGUGCACGUGCUUUCAGAUGUGAUCUGCACACUGUACAAAGGAAGUGCAGCUUUUGAAUUGAGCCGCUGCAAGGCGUACUCAAUCCUCAACGAAUUGCUUAAGACAGCUGACCUCUACAAUGCAUUGGAUGGUGACGGACCAUUCACACUGUUUGCUCCAGUGGAUAAGGCAUUUGCAAAACUGAGUCCAGAUGUCAUUGACCACCUCAAGAGCAACGUUACAGCCCUGAAAGAGGUUCUGCUUUACCACGUGGUACCCGACGUGUGGUACAGCCCUGGGCUGGUGAAUGGGAAGCUGAAGACCCUGCAGGGACAGAACCUGACUAUUUCCAUCGACGACGGUGGUGUCCACGUCAACGAUGCCACUGUCACCUUGGCCGAUGCAGCCGUGCGCAACGGUGUAGUCCAUUCGAUCGACACGGUCCUCAUACCGAAGCUUCUGAGAAUCAACCGACCCUUUCGUGUAACAAUUGUAACCAUGGCAUAAUUUUGCUUUGUUGGGUCAUUCGGAUCCCAUUAUACGAAAUGGCUUUCCCCCAUGACAGGGUCUCAGACAAACUAAAUUUGCUUGUUUAGGUACAGCGGUGCACAAUAAGACAGGAAACAUACAGCCUUUGCCAACAGUUUACAGCCUACCUCAUACAUGUAUUUCUUCUGCGUGGUGCGGUUCCCAUGGCACUCAUGACAAUUUAGGCCACUGGAUGGUUGGUAAGAGAGUUUUUUCAUUCCUCAGGGUGUCGUAAUGUACGGCGUACUGCAGGAAGUACGUUAAACAGCCUGGUGAUCACAGGAAACAUAGGAAAUAUGCUUUUGAGGAAGAGUUUACCUAAAUUUGCAUUCGGGACGUCACAGUGACUCAACACACAUGUAAUUGUAAUGCAAAGCUAAGUCUUCAGUACAAAAGCCAGUUGGGGUGUGUUUGCAUGUCAAGUUUGAACUUGUGAGUAGUCACAGUUGCUUGAAAACUAAUUCAGUGAGCCUUUUCAUAAUGUUCACGUAGUCGGCGACAAAUGUAAUGCAAGAGAUAUAGGCCGGCGUGAAGGGCACACAUUCGUGGAGGUAGUAACGAAGGUGUGAGUAGCAGAUGCUGUUGUUCAUAUCUCUUGGCUACAAGUGAACAUUUUAACGCAACGCCUAUUGUGCGGAGCUUGGUUUUCAUGCAGUAUGGUGUAGGGGCAUUAUCACAUUUUGUUUGUUGAUGACUGUGCACCUGACAGAGACUUUUAAAGACAAGCCAAGCACAAGAUUUUAGACUGUGAGAUUGAUAAUAAUUAUGAGCAAUAUCAUUAUAGCAUAUAACUAGGGGUGUGCGAAUGUCAAAAUUUUCUAUUACGAAUCGAAUAUGAAUACUUAUCAUUGAAUAUCAGAUCAAAUUUCGAAUAAUGAUGUGCAAAUGCAUUUAUUAACAAGUUGGUUUAUUUUAAUAUCUUGGAACACUGCAAAUACAUUGUCAUUGGUAAAACAAUUAACCUAGUAAGUCGUUAUACUGGAAGAUUGUAUAUUUGGCUCAUGUUAAGUUUGGAAAAUUGAGUAAUCUCCACUAGUCUGUUCUCGCCAGCCUGUGCCUUACUAUACCGCAUCAAUUUCCCGUAAACUCGGAGCCAUUUGACCCGAUACCAGCCGUCACUCAUCGCAUUUGCUGUCAACCAAUAAGCUCAGGACUCGAGUGUGGAACCUGCACAAGGGUGCUGCUCCUUCGCUGUUCACAAACCCGUGCCUCUUGCUACUGAGACGCUGGCUUUCCUGCACAACUUGUGCGUCCAGUGGCUAAGCUUGUUUUGCAGGUGAAAUUCCGCCAGCAUGAAAUUAUCGCAAAAUUCAGCACAAAAUCAGUCACAUUUUCUUAUAUUAGAAAUAAACGCCAAGAACCACGUUUGAUCCCUCCCAGCUAGCAAGAUAUUCGAUUUGUUUUGAAUAUUCGUAUUCCAUCGAAUAUUCGAAAAUUUUCGCAUACCUAGUUUUCGAAUUGGAUACGAAUAAUUAAAAUAUGAUAGUCGAUAAUAUCCGAAAAUGUCUCAUAUUCGCACACACCUAUUUAAAACACUUUAACGUAGACCCCUUCACAAUAAUUAAUAUUGGUCACAUUAAUGGACAAUUUGCAUUUGAAAUACACUUCACAGUACUUGAAUAAAUGCAAAAUGACAUCUGCUAUAUCCAAAUGCACUUCACUCGCCAUUACAUUGCAUAUGCACUGACAUAUUUUGUUGGUUUUUCCUUUCUUCUUUUUUUUCUUGGUAAUGCAUUGGCAGGAGACAAUAAAACAUUGCUUUAUUUAGUACUAUAUGGAAUUUUAUAGACUGCAGACAGCCUGCAAACGAUUGCAGCAACGUCAAGUGUCACAUGGCUAUAUCUGUAAUAAUAUUUGGGGUUUUACGUGCCAAAACCACUUUCUGAUUAUGAGGCACGCCGUAGUGGAGGACUCCGGAAAUUUUGACCACCUGGGGUUCUUUAACGUGCACCUAAAUCUAAGCACACGGGUGUUUUCGCAUUUCGCCCCCAUCGAAAUGCGGCCGCCGUGGCCGGGAUUCGAUCCCGCGACCUCGUGCUCAGCAGCCCAACACCAUAGCCACUGAGCAACCACGGCGGGUUGGCUAUAUCUGUAACAGUGCAUUUAUAAUCGACCAUUCUUGAACAAAUCUGUGUUGUCGUGUGCUGUAAGUGAUUGCAUGUUCAAUGGAUAUUCAGUUAUGUUGCACAGUGAUCAUUUCUGCUUGUUAGAAAGGGAUUCAAUCAGCUUUCUUUAUCCGAAUUUGUUGUCAAAUUCUUCAACUGCUUGUAAUGGUUCUUUGGACUUGUUGGCAUUAAGCUUCUUUGUAUAUUGCGAGGAAUGUCUUUUUUUCUUGCAUACGCUCACCCUUCGCCAAGUCCUCGAGUAUGGUCAAACUUGUGGCAUUCGUAUGUUACAUUCAUGCAGACAUGCAACUGUCGCCCGAAACUAGAAGAGCAAACCAAAAGAUAUUGCAGUUGCUGCCCAGUGCAGGGGUAGCAUUGUAAUCAAUGAUGGUAACCAACUUCUGAUCGUUUCUCCACGUACAGUUGACCAUCACCCAAGUUAUUAUGUGCAAAGUAGCAUAUGUUUUCAUUCAAAUGAGCCAGAGGUUGUUUUGGUGACGUAUUCCAUCUGUGCUGUGCUAAUAUGAAAAUGUUGUGCCGCUUACUUCAGUUUUUUUGGGGGGAAAGCUACUCGUUGACCUGGACUUGUCCGAUAGUUCCAAUACACUGGCAAAGCCACACUUUUAUGCUUGAGUAAGGGUUCCAUACAAACCCCUAAGUAUUCUAAUGGUGGUCAGCCACCUGUUUAAUUUCUUACAAAACCUUCAUGCUUGCAGUCUUCACAUAGUUUCAGAAUCUUUUCAUGUAUACUUGUAUUUUUGUCUUUUGCAAUACAUGUAUUUGCAGAA